UGCUCCUGUGGAAUCACUGCGAAAUCAUUCUUCCUGAGCCCUAACUGCAGUUUUUACUUUUUAGUGAGAGAGAGAGGAGGAGGAGAAGAUGUCGUCGACGUUGCUGGAGGUGACGAGGGCGGCUCACGAGGACGUGGAACGGCUGGAGAGGCUGAUAGUGAAGGACCUGCUGAACGAGCCUACUACCAGCAAGGACCGCCUCUUUCAGAGCCACCGCGUUCGGAACAUGAUCGACACUAUCAUUUCCACCACCAAUAAACUCGUAGAGAUUUAUGAUGAUAAGGAUAAUGCCAGGAAGGAUGAGAUUGCAGCUCUUGGAGGCCAAACUGCGACAGGAACAAAUGUGUUUAGUGCAUUUUAUGAUAGAUUGAAAGAGAUUCGAGAAUACCAUAGAAGGCAUCCGGCUGCACGUGUUGUUGAUGCUACUGAGGAGUACGAGGCCCUACUUAAAGAAGAACCUAUAAUCGAGUUUAGUGGAGAGGAAGCUUUGGGGCGAUACCUAGACAUGCAUGAAUUAUUCAACCAGUACAUUAAUUCCAAAUUUGGGGACCCUUCUACCGAGUACUCUGCUUACCUUGAUGUUUUUUCACAACCACGUAAGAUUCCUCGCAAACUGAAAUUAACGAGACAAUACAGGGAAUAUAUGGAGAAUCUAUUGGAAUACCUAAUAUAUUUUUUUCAGCGAACAGAACCCUUGCAAGAUCUUGAUAGAAUAUUCUCAAAGGUUGUGACUGAAUUUGAAGAGCAAUGGGCAAAUAGAAAGGUACAAGGAUGGGAGAAUGACGGUCAAGAAAAUGGACAUGUUCCUGCUCAGCAUACUAUAAUUGAUCUUGAUUAUUACAGCACAGUUGAAGAGCUGGUGGAAGUUGGUCCUGAAAAGUUAAAGGAGACAUUGGCUGCGUUUGGACUAAAGACAGGUGGUACUGUUCAGCAGUGUGCUGAAAGGCUUUUCCUAACAAAGCACACACCUCUUGAGCAGUUGGAAAGGAAACAUUUUGCCAAAGGAACUCGUGCGUCCGAACAAAACCGGGCUGGUGCUGCUCCAGAACAAGAUGACAAUGCAAAAGAAAUAGCCCUAAUUGAGGCCAAAAUGAAAAAACUGUGUAUCUUAUUGGACGAGACGAUUGCACGGACAAAAGACAAUAUCGUGAAGAAGCAGGCUUUGACAUAUGAGGAAAUUGAAGCAGAACGUGAGGAGGAGGAAACACAAGCUGAUACUGAAAGUGAUGAUGAAGAACAGCAGAUUUAUAAUCCCCUCAAGUUGCCAAUGGGUUGGGAUGGGAAGCCUAUACCAUAUUGGCUGUAUAAGCUUCAUGGUCUUGGUCAGGAAUUCAAGUGUGAGAUAUGUGGGAACUAUAGUUACUGGGGCCGUAGGGCUUUUGAACGGCAUUUCAAGGAAUGGCGUCAUCAGCAUGGGAUGCGCUGCCUUGGUAUUCCAAACACCAAGAACUUCAAUGAGAUCACAUCAAUCGAGGAAGCGAAAGAUCUGUGGAAGAAAAUACAAGAACGACAAGGAGUGAACAAGUGGCGCCCGGAUCUUGAAGAGGAAUACGAAGACAGAGAGGGUAAUAUCUACAAUAAGAAGACAUACAGUGAUCUGCAGCGGCAGGGAUUGAUUUGAGAAGGGCAGUUAUUUCGGAAAAUUUUCAUGCGUUUGGUGCUUUUGAAGGCGAAAGUGCUCUUCCCUUGGGAUUUUACUGUAUUUUUGAACUUCAUGAAGGCGCCCCUUUCUCAGGGGUGAAAGCAUUUGUUGGUAUCAAAGCCUUUAGCGUUUAGACGAAACACAUGAGCUCUUUAUCCCUGCAAUCUCCAGACCAUUCAAAAUGCUGGAGUAUUAUCAUAACGUGUCCCGUGUUCACUCGUCAAUGAGACAGGCCAGCCGGCAGGUUCUCUCCUUUCUGUGGAAGAGAAAGCGAGUCCAAGGUGAAGCAAGAUGGCAUAAGUGUGGAAUUCCUCCCAUCCAACCAUUUACCGUACCCAUAACUUAUACAGUAAUUUGUAAUGUUUCAAAUUUUAAAUUUGAAGCAAGAGUGUUGUUUUAUAGUAUUGCUAAUUGGAAUUGCUACGUAAAUUAAACAAUCGCUGUGCUAACUAAAUAAUGCUUCUAUUACAGUACUUUUUCUCCAAAUAGAUGUAAUAGAUAAUUUUGGU